CUCCUCUGCUGCCUUUUUAUAAAGAAGUAAGCGCAUACAGCGAAAAUUGUAAACAGCUUACUAAAGGUUGAGUUGUCCUUCUCAUGCGGCAACGGAUAAACUGUUUCGUUUUCUAUCUGUCGACAGAGGCACAGUCAAGACUUCAAGGAUAUAGCACCAGAUUGAUGGAGAAGAAUGGCCCGAAUCUCGUUGGACUGUCCCAACUCUUUACCAGGAAUCCCCCUCAGUGUGCUGUCAGUGCCCAUGGAGAAUAAAUACAAAUGUCAGCAGUGUCUCCAGGUCCUGAGGAGGCCUGUCCAGGCUCAGUGCGGCCACCGCUUCUGUGUACAUUGCUUCAAGCAGCUCACCAGCUCUGGCCCAAAGCCAUGUGAAGCCUGCCGCCAAGAGGAAAUAUAUGAGGAGCCUAUUUCCAUUCUAAACAGUAAUGAAGCAUUUCCAGACAAUGCAGCAGGACGGGAAAUUGCAAGUCUGCCAGCCAGGUGUCUGAAUCAGGGCUGCAAUUGGACAGGCUCAAUAAAAGAGUAUGAGGCUCAGCAUGAAGGUCGCUGUGAAUAUGAGCGGAUACAGUGCGAGGCCUGUCAAACCCUGAUCCUUCGUACAGAGAAGGACCGACAUAAUGAGAGAGAAUGUGAGGCAAGAACGCUCAACUGCAAAUACUGCAAAAUGACCUUCAACUUUAAAGAGAUCAAGGCCCAUGACGAAAUCUGUCUGAAGUUUCCCUUACAAUGCAAGGACUGUGGCAAGAAGAAGAUCCCAAGAGAGAAGUUCAGUGAUCACAGCAAAACCUGCGCCAAGUCCAAGAGCGCCUGUCCAUUCAGUGAAGUGGGCUGCAAAUCUGUGAUAGAGAACGGGAAGCUCAGCGACCAUGAGCACAGCAGCACCAUGGAGCACUUGCGUCUGCUGCUGCCCAUGGUGCUGUCAGUGGCUCGGGCACGUGCAGAGGCUCCUGGUCCCGGGGAGUGGCAGGAGGACUCUGGUCUGGGCCUGUACAGGGCUCCUGAGGAGGGAGUCCCUAUGGGCGUCGGAGCCACGGCCUCCGCGCAGUCUGUGGACCUGGAAAAAAAGGUGAAUGCUUUAGAAAACAUUGUGUGUGUCCUGAACCGGGAGGUGGAGCGCAGUUCAGUCACAUUGGAAGCUUUCUCACAUCAGCAUCGUUUAGACCAAGAAAAGAUUGAAAAUCUGUCAAACAAAGUAAGACAGCUAGAGAGGACGCUGACUAUGAGAGACUUGCAGCUGUCUGAGACUGAACAGCUGGUGCGAGAACUCCAGUUUUGCACCUACGAUGGAAUAUUUGUCUGGAAAAUCAACGACUUCUCACGUCGCAGACAAGACGCUGUGGCUGGUCGGACACCUGCGAUGUUCUCACCUGCAUUUUACUCCAGCAAAUACGGCUACAAAAUGUGUCUGAGGCUGUAUUUGAACGGCGAUGGGACGGGUCGUGGAACGCACCUGUCACUGUUCUUUGUUGUCAUGAGGGGCAAGUGUGAUGCUCUGCUCAAAUGGCCCUUCAGUCAGAAGGUGACUCUAAUGCUCUUGGAUCAGAACAACAGGGAGCACAUUAUCGAUGCUUUCCGCCCUGACGUCACCUCCACCUCCUUCCAGCGGCCCAUCAGUGAGAUGAACAUUGCCAGUGGCUGCCCGCUUUUCUGUCCACUGGCUAAACUGGCUGGCAAGAGCCCCUAUCUCAGAGAUGACAUAAUUUUCAUUAAAGCCAUUGUAGACCUCACAGGCUUAUAAAGUGUAGACUGUGGAAGCUGCACCAAAGUAACAAAAAAGUAAUUAUAAUAAACAAAUAAAUAAUGAUAAUAUAUAGUGACAUAAUGAUAUUUUAUAUAAUGAUAACUAUUAUAUUACAUAAUAUGUGACCAUAAUAUUAUUCAAAUAAAAUUAUAUAGUUAAUCACUAAAUCUAAAUAUGAGUAUUAAAUAUUAUUAUUAUAUAUACUGCAAUAAUCCAGACUAUGCUUUGCAUUGUGUGGUUCCUCACAUCUAUGUCAAACAGUACAAACAUGUAAUGUAAAAUCUUAAUGAAUUAUUGCUUAAGUCAGUGCAAGACAAAAAAUGAUGCACUUUAAAUGAAACAUUAAUUCCACGACUUUAGCCUGUUUGACCUUAACAGAUCUGUGAACCAUAGAUGAAGCAGACCACUGUUUAUCAUGUGUGGGUGACAUAUUAAUCAGUUAUCUAGUCUCAUAGUGCAACACUUAUAUGAAUCAUUUCUUGCCAAAUGAGUAGCUUCUGUAACCCCAGGAGACCAAACAAAGUUAACCUUAAAGCAAACAGUUUUAUAGUUUUAAAAAAACUAUAUCCUGUCUAUACCUGUAAAAUGUUACCCCCCACUGAACAGUGCUGGGAAAAAACUGGCCUUACAUAGACCACCAAUGCAAACCUGGAGUGUAAUCUUUAGAUAAGAAUAGUAAUUUACAAUACUGAAAAACAAACAAACAAACAAACAAACAAAAAACCCCUAACAAAAAACUAAUUGUACCAGUAGUCAUGAAUCUUGAUAUUCAUUAUAUAUGAUAUUCACUUUAUUAUAUUUCCACUACUAUACACUUUGUUGUUUUCUUUGAUUAUACAUCUAUAACAUGCUCAGAAUAAUCAUAUAAUCCUAAAAUUUGAAAUGUAGAAGUUUGAAUCUGUGAAAUUUACCCAGGACAAAUCCACUCUUCCUUGAUGAGCUCCAACAUUAAAAUGCUCUUUAUAUUGUAGUCUGUGUUAACUUCAUUUGUGCAUUUUAAUUUUAAUAAAAUUUUGAAAUGUUUUUUCUCGAACUUAA